CGGAAGGAGAGGGGGAGGGUCUUGCGGUUGUCUUGACUUCAACCCGCCGGCAUCUCGCACACGUCGACCGGCUUCAGCGUGACGGAUAACCCCGGCGAAUUCCCUCCAUCAAUCCAACCCAAACUCGCCGUACGAUGAAGAUUUGGACAUCUGAACACAUAUUCAAUCACCCAUGGGAAACUGUGACCAAGGCUGCUAUGCAAAAGUACCCCAACCCAAUGAAUCCUAGCGUGUUCGGAGUAGACGUUUUGGACCGGACAGUUGACAAGCAAGGCCGCCUUCACAGCAAAAGACUUCUCAGCACCGAGUGGGGUCUACCAUCUAUAGUCAAGUCUAUUAUUGGCACCACGCGGACGUGCACUUACAUUCAGGAGCACUCAGUUGUGGAUCCGCAGAAGAAGAGUCUUGAACUUCAGUCCACAAAUAUUACUUUUACCAAUUUGGUGUCUGUGGAUGAAAAGUUAACGUAUAAACCUCACCCUGAUGAUUCUAAAAAAACAAUCCUCACACAAGAAGCUAUUAUUUCUGUAAAAGGCGUAAGUUUGAGCAGUUACCUCGAGGGCCUUCUAGCAAGCAGCAUCUCGGUCAAUGCAGGAAAGGGCCGUGAAGCCGUGGAGUGGGUGAUUCGGCGGCUCAACACUGAAAUUGAGGAACUAGCAGCGACGGCACGUGGAACCAUACGCACCCCCAUGGCAGCUGCUACCAUCACUGACAAAUGACCUCCGCUUCCCAUUUUUCUAGCAAAGCGUCCCUCGCCCUGGUGAUACUGACACAGCCUGGUACUGCUUUUGUGGUACAGCUGGGUCAAAAUGGACUUGUAACUUGUAUUGAAGCAGCAGGCUUUGGUGGAGUCUCAGGGGCUGGAGGUGGCCACUCAGGGAAUUGUGGACAUGGGGGGGGGGGGGGGGUGCUUGCCAAAACCUGGAUUUGUACUGCAUUGUUAAGUGAUCAUUUUUAAAGACGAAAAAAAAAAGGCAUUUAAUCAGAAGCGCGCACUUGGACCUGGAGUGUAAAUAAAGCCUGAAGCAGCGCAGCCAACAACAGUGUAUAUGGCAAUGUAAUAUGGCACGUGCCAAUUGUGGCAUGAAAAACAGUUGAGCGCACAAAGAGAUGCAUUGUCACAGGGUUACAAAAGCAUCUACACAAGGAAACGGUUCACUGGAUGAAGUAGCUUCCUAUAUAAGAAUAGUUGCAUUGAAGUGUUUUUUUUUUCCUCGUGUUUGAGGACACAUUCAAUGGCAGACAUUUUUAUUUUUUGCCGUGUUGAGAUACCUCAACACUACUCUGAGACCUCAUUGAUAACAUUCUGUACUAGAGUACGUUAAUAAGCUUGUAAAUUAUUAGGUGUUAUUUAAUAGUCAUGUAUUUAAGUUGUACGAAGGGAUCAAGUUGGGACGUGUGUGUUUUGAUGAAGUCAAUUAUGGGUGGCUAAUUACUGUGCUUCCAUGCAUAAGAAGGCUGCCAUCAUUCUCUUCUUUUGCACUUCCUACUAAGGCACUGCACAUUUAGGAGCUGACAGAGAUGAACUCACAAAGUUUUCCAUCCUGUGACAAUGGAACAUUGGUGGAAUUUUUGUUUUAAUUUGAAUGUAUAACAUUUACUCAGAACGCAGACUUUUAAAUGCAGUGAGUUGGAAAUUGUAACUUGUGCCUCUGUAAAAUAAGUGGUCAUGCCAACUCCAAUACUGUGCUCAUCUAAUAAAAUUAUUUUGGUGACUUUGUAAA